AUGGCUCAGCCCUGUUUCUCAAAACAUGCCCUGUUUCAUUUGAUAUAUGUGCAAAAGGGCAUUUUUAUUCCUACUCCGGGAGACCAGCCUCAUUCAACUGGUGAAAAUGGUGCUUUGGCAUUUGACAUGGACUAUGCUGGAUGGCAAGAUGAUCACAUUAAGCAGAUAAAUGAUCUGAGGGCUGCACUCAAUGCACAUGCCAGUGACGAUGAUCUUCGGCGUAUUAUCGAUAGCUUCAUGGCACAUUACUACGGAGCUUUCAGGCUUAAGGGUGUAGCAGCCAAGGCAGAUGCUAUUCACGUGCCGUUAGGAAUGUGGAAGACCCCUGUCGAGAAGUGUUUUUACGUGGUUAGGUCGAUUUUGACCGUCGAGAUUUCUGAAGGUUUAUGGUCUCUCCUCACUUGUUCUUAUUGCAUCAUGUGCUUCUGUCAAAGCUGA